GUUUGAUCGCUAUUUUGAGUGAAUAUUUUCGAGUUUUGUUAUGUCUUUGACGUUCANAGUGUAUUGAAUGAAUGACUUACACUGUAUAUGAGAUUCGUGUUGAUAACAGAAAUUUACAUUAAUAUUCCUUGAAUUGAAAAUAAUUAACUCAACCAAACAUUUGACUUAAAUUCACAUUCAUUCAAAAUGUGCGGCGGAUUCACAUGUACUAAGAAUGCGUUGACAGCACUUAAUAUACUAUAUAUCUUGGUGUCAUUUAUAUUGGUUGGUGUGGCCGCGUAUGGAAUGGCUGCCAGCAAAGUGACCAGUAUUGCCAUAAUCGGGGGCAUUAUUGCCUGUGGAGUAUUCCUAUUCCUAUUAUCAUUGGUAGGACUGGUCGGCGCCCGAAAACACCAUCAAGUUCUCCUAUUUUUCUAUAUGGUUAUAUUGUUUAUCCUGUUUGUGGUACAAUUCAGUAUCGCCUGCGCCUGUUUGGCGUUCGGUAGUGAACAACAGUCACAAUUGGCUCAUAAGGGCUGGAAUACUGCGUCCAAAAAGACUCAACAAAGCGCCCAAACAUUUUACAAUUGUUGCGGUUAUGAGAAGGAAGAAACGAGAACUCUUAAUAUUACCGAUUGUCCAAAUGUGAAGUGUUGCACUGAUCUAAACGACUGUUCAAAUGACUGUGAAAUGUGUGCCCCGAAGAUCAAGAAAGCGAUCGCUAACGCAUUGGAGAUCUCAGGAUUCGUUGGUUUGUUCUUCAGUUUCACAGAGUUUAUCGGUGUUUGGCUAACAGUGCGCUAUAGAAACCAGAAAAAUCCUCGCGCAGAUCCCAGCGCUUUCCUUUAAUAUACUAAUUGUUUGUCUUAUGAAACA